AUGUCAUCAAAAUUGAGAAAGUCUCAGAAAAGAAAAGUUAAAAAGGAUGCACCACCUACUGUUGCUAGCACAUCUAGUACAUUGACACAAGGCAGAGAUGCUAUGAUUGUUGAAAAUGCUCCCUCUCUACAAAAGGAAGAAUCUAUAUCCAGUGGUUUCGGAAACCUUCAGUUAGAUUUCAAAAUCUGGAUCAAGUAUGGUGCUAGCCAACCGACUCGAAUUUCUUUUGACGGAGAGAUUGUAGACGACUUAAAAAAAGUGAUCAAGAAGGAACUGUCACCCGAUUUGGAUUAUGUUGCUGUUAAUCGUAUUUUAUUAAGAAAAAACGAUGAAGAAAUAGACUUGCUUCCUGACCUGCCAGUGGAUAAAAAUUUUAAAAAUAAUGCUAAUACUCCUCUACAAGUUAUCGUAACGGGAUCUACGACGUCAAAACGCAAACAUGAAGAAUCGGAAGUUUUAAGCGAGAUUGCAAAAUGGCGGGAAGAACUCUCCUGGAAAAUGCCUGCAAAGAUCUCAGUAUCAGGUCUCUCAGAUUUCAAAGCCGAUCAAAUAGUAGCUUCUUUCAAAUUAAAACAUUUAAAAAUCUCAGCGGAAGACUUUCAAUCUAUUGAACCUAUAUCAUGCCAGCCAUUUUUAUGGAAUAUGGAAAUCGAUGAAGAUUACCAAAUGUCUGAAGUUCAGGAAUGGUUUAAGGAUGUAUUAAACUUACCAAGAGGUUUUUAUGUAAAGGAUGUCCAUACACAAAAUUAUCAACGAUAUAUACGAAGCUCCAAUGUUACUUUAACAGGUGGUGCUAAUAUUUCUAUUGGACCAAGCAAAAACGACUGUGUUUGGAUUGAAACUAAAAAAAGGAAAGAGAAUUUUAAAGAGGGUCAAGCUAUCGGAAAAUUAUUUCUAAUUGAUCAUAUAUCUGUUUCAAAAUCUUAUUUGGCAUCUUCUGAAAUUGAUAAUCGUGGUAUUGCUUUGGCAAUAAUCAAACAGUUCGUACUUGAUGAAGGGAUAUUUAUUCAUAGUAUAAUUGGAAAACAGAUUACAUAUCAAGAUCAGGCAAGUUUACCAGAACCACUUAAAAAGAAAUCAAAGCUUUUUGAACCUAUAUCCGAAGAGGUUGAUGACAGAAUGGCAGACAUAAUCGAUAAUAUGACGAAAGAAGAAUUAUUUAACAUGUCAAUGCGCAAAAAAUUAAAAUUAGCAAAAAGUAUUGUUAGAAUAGAGGAACAACCAAUUAUAGAUCAAUUUAUUAGACAAUUUAGCGAUAAUUAUGAAAAUUCACCACCAUCUCCACAGAUGUUCGCAUAG